CUCACGCUUGAGCUGCGUCCCCGCUCGCACUCGAGCCGCUUUCGCCCGACGCUUCGGGAUCAGUGCCACGCACGCCCCAAUCCAAAACGCUCCUCGGGUCUGUUCGGCAGACUACGGAUGACGGGGGCGCGCCGCCGCGCCCCCCGUCGUAGCGAGCAUCGCACGCUUUCGAAUGCGUUCGGGUUCUCGCUGAACCCUUGGCCUUGCUGCACCCUCGCUAUCGUGAGGCUUGGUCGCCCUUGCGACGCUUCCCAGGGCUCGUGA